GGCUUCUUUGCGUCGGACCUGCUGAAACACACAAGCAAUGGCAUUCAACCAGUAGACAAUUGUGAUGGCGGGGUUUGUACUUCGAGAAUGCUGCAAUGUUUUUUCCAAUGGGCCUUCUGCACCACAACCACUAGCAUUGUCAGUGGCGCGGUUGCUGAGCGCAUCAGGAGCCCUACCUUUGUAAUGUAUUCUUUGUGUAUGUCGAGUUUCAUCUAUCCAGUUGUGGUGGCAUGGACGUGGGGCGGUGGUUGGCUCUCUGAGUUCCUGAAGGUGGGUUUCACUGACCUCGCAGGUAGUGGGGUCGUACAUCUCACUGGUGGAAUCUCUGGUUUGGUUGGUGCCAUUAUUGUGAGACCACGAGCUGGGCGCUUUCAGGGAAAUGCUGUCAGCUUCGAGGCUCACAAUCUUCCUUUGGCUGUCCUUGGAACCCUCUUUUUAUGGGUUGGUUGGUUUGGCUUCAACGCUGGCUCUGUCGGUGCUAUGCGCAAUGGCUUGGAAGCAUCCUUAGCAGCACACAUCGCUAUGAACACAGUGUUGUCAGGAGCAACAGGCGGCCUUACUGUCAUGCUUCUCAGAUGGAUAGCAGUGAGAAAGUAUGACGUUGGAGGACUCUGCAAUGGGAUACUGGCGGGGGUCGUGUCCAUCACUGCAGGAUGCUCAAACAUAACCAAUCUCUCCGCGAUCGGAGUAGCCGCCGUUGGUGGGUUGCUCUAUCAGCUAGCAGCAAACUUGUUGCAGCGACUUCACAUCGAUGAUCCUGUCAAUGCAUUUCCUGUACACGGUGUAUGUGGCUUGUGGGGCUGUCUCGCUGCUGUUCUUUGCGACUGGGGUGGUUUUGAUCGCUUCCAUGGAAUGAACGGCUGGGAAUGCUUUCGUGUAAGCUCUCCAGACACCACAGAUCGCAGCUGCUUUGGCCCGGAAGAAAAGGGGUUGGCUCUCUUGGUUUGGCUCAUUUUCAUGGUCUGCGUCAUUUUGUGGGCAGGAGGACUCUCUUUCAUUUUGUUCCAGAGCGCGCAGCUCUUGGGACUCCUACGAGUAGAUCAUGAGGCUGACGAAAAAGGCAUUGAUGCAAUAGAGCAUGCUCAGAAUCGGGCAUACAACUUUUCAGAGCAACAGGGCCCAAAUUCCUGGCGAGUUUUGUGGUUUCAAUGAGCCAAGUCUUUUAGUGGAGCCAAACUCUGGGACUUGGUCUCAAGUCAUCCUUGCAAAGGACAUCAGAAGACA